AUUAUGUAGAUGUUGCUUGCUUUUCAGUAUUGACUGCACUAUUUCAACUUGGGCAUGGAGCACACUUCUGGUGUCACUGACAUACAAGGUACUAGCCAGGCGUGCACGUGACUGCGUGGAAGAAAGCCAAAUCCUCCACCUUACCCGGGUAUGUGCACCACCCACUGUUCCCGAUGACCAGCCUUCUUUGCGACUGCGGAGAACUUAAGAAUCGUCUUUGUCUUGGCAGAAGAGUGUGAAGGUGCAUCAGUAUUGGAAAACCUGCCUAGUUGUUGCAGGACAGCUGAAAUUGUGUAUCUACUCCAUCUUGGGACUUCCUUGUGUCCCUUUAAGUGGAAAAUACGAAAACUAUGUGGAGUAUAUAGGGAGCGAGGACACCAGAGAUUUAUGUCCGUUAUGAGGCGAGUGCAGAGCAGAGACCAGAAGACUCUGUUAAAAGCACGAACAUUCUUUAAAUGAAGAGACAUUGACAAGGGUUCGAUCCAAAGGGAACAACAAUGGUUGGCUUGCCUCCAAACAUCCGAAGACUAUUGUUCAAAGUGACGCUGUUCGGGGUUAUUUUGCUUUCAGUUGCGCAAUUUCUCUUUAUCCAGAAAAUUUCCCGGUCGAGUCUUUCCGUGCAGAACUGUGAGGAAAGCUUAAGAGAAAUCACUAGAUUAAAAAGCGAAAGUGAGAUAUUUCAUCGGACUAAAAAUAAAGUCGAAGUCCCUUUUCCUCAGAAGCCCCCUACAGCCGAAAAUCUCCACCCCCCUCAGAAGCCACUACAGACAUCCCCGCAGGAUCAAAAGGUGCCACCUAUGCCUCUAUACCGGGACCUGUUUGUCCAAGACACCUGGCCAGGUGUGGAUCUAAGCUUCGAUCUGUCGCUGGGAGGCCUGCCUCGGACAGUGUAUUAUCUGUGGUGCGGUGAGAAGCAGUUCCUCUUUCGACACUACCUUGUUCUCCUCUCAUCCAUCAGGAUUCUUCGAGCCUCAAAGAUAAUCUUUCUGCACGACCAUCUGCCGCAGAGCGACGGCAACCUCUACAACACCUGGUUUGACGAGUUCAAAUACUUCGUCCCCAAUUUCCAGCUGCUUCAAGUCUCUGGUACUUGUGGGAGAAAAGACGCGCUGAAGGCUGUGUUGGAGCUCUUGCCGACAGAAGGAGGAAUUGUUCUGGGCGAAAAUGCCCUUAUUCCUCGUCUGCCGACAGGAAUAGAACACAUGCCGUUAUGGUUGGCCUUGUCUGGCGAGGACGUCAGUCGUGGAGUGCUGAUCGCGCAGCGUGGCUUCAACAACACAAAGUCACAUGACUAUCUCCGUGACGUCAAGACAGUCAAAGCCUCUUGUCUCACAGCGGAGCAGUACACGGCGCCUGUUGACGACAUUCAUUGCAUCAUAGUCGACAGUGACGUACAUCCCCGUGACGUGUGGCAAGGGCAGACGCCGUUUGCGGAGCUGGCUCGCUGGCUGUAUUACGGCAGGCGCUCCCCGAUACUUGCACUUCCUGACCCCAGCCGACCCAUCCCGCGUAUCGCGCACUACGUGUGGCUGAAGGCUGACCCCUCAGCCGCUGACCGUGACCUUCCCUUCUCCAAGUUCCUGAGCAUGAUCAGCGCCCUCUACGUCGGGGGCUUUCAACACGUGUAUGUCCAUGGCAACGUGGAACCUGAAGGCGAAUGGUGGCGACAGCUACGCUCGGAGAAUGUCACCUUCGUCAGAAUCGAGAGGCCGCGUUCUAUGUUCCAGAUGGACUUUCCUAAUCUCCAGGCCAACAGCGACUUUCUCAGAUCCAUCUUGCUCUUGAAUUACGGCGGAGCCUACAUGGACACCGACGCCGUGUGGACGAGUCGGGUGCCGGACUGGUUGCUACACUACCCGGUCGUGGCGUCUUUUGACUGGCCAAUAAGUGGCCCCUGGCCUAACACCUUUAACCUGGGCGUCUUGCUGGCCCGACCACAGGCCCCCUGGUUACGUCAUUGGUUGACCACGUUUCGUCACUACCGGUUGUCAGAUUCUGGCUUCACGGCCACACUCUUGCCUUACCGGGUGUACGAACACUACCCUGAUGAACUUUACGUCUACAAUCGAUUACAGGUGAUAUGCUUCUAUGACAUAUGCCAUCCGACGUGGGAGAAGGACUUCCAGCGAGGCUUAUACGACAAGCAACCGACGCUGCCGUUUAACGUCACAGAUGUACACGCCAUGCACGUCACCCAGCCGAAGCCCGCUGCGUCAUGGCAGACGCCGAAGACAUUAAAGAUGGCGGCCGACUAUUUUUGCGGAGGUCGGCCGCCAUGUUCUCAAGCAGAGCGGUAGGAUGCACCUGUUAUCAUGACAGACCUCUGAAAGGACAUCUUUUGGUGAAGUAGGGUAGGACAUCUAUCCAACCCGUGGGAGAACACGUUUAGUACCAUGACAACAUGCAUUGCAUGUUCACGGGAUAGCUCCGGCCAUAUGCAUCACAUAGGACGUGUGUUUAUGGCAGCCAUGAAAACAGACUUACAUUUUCUACGUCUAACCUUUAGCGACAGGGCAUGAAUUAGAACGCUGUUCUUGGAUUGCUUAUGUUUACAACUGUGCACAGGUUGGGUAAUUGGUAGCACUUGAUGGUAAAAUAAAUGAAAAAGUAUUCCGUGCAACGUGUAAUGACUUCUGACGAGAUUUGAAAGACAAUGAACUGACAAAUCUGUUCAUCGUCACAGAUGUACAUUCCUAGCACGUGACCCUGUAUAAGACCUCGUGUCAUUUGACGCGUCGAAAGAACUAAAAAGAUGUGAUCAACUUUUUUUGGUCAAGAUCGGCCCUGAAAGAAGAAUGUAUGUUUACCAUGACAAUCACUUUCUUUCGACGUAGCGGGACGUAUUCUGUUUUUGAACUCCUUCUGUCAAUGUGUACAUCAAUGUCAAUAAUCUGAGCAAGACUUGGUAAUGGGAGGUUUGGACACGCUUAUGGAAUGCUAUGUUUUACUAAUUUAAUUUUAAAAUUUUGUUUUUUAAUAAAAAUGACAAGAUUAAGGACUGUCCAUUAAGUUUGUAUCCUGUUUACUCUGAGUGUAUGUUUACUAUGUCAUAGGCACAUUUUUUUCAGUAUGGAUACAUUAACUGAUAUUUUU